CCGGUCUGCGUCCCCGGCUAACAGCUCACUUUCCCGUCACCACACAGAGACACUGGUCCACCACCGCCAUGUUGGGAGCUGCUCUUCUCCGGCGCUGCGCGUCCUCUGGUAUCCGCAGUCUAGUUCGCUGCCGCCCGCAGCCUGCUCCUGUUUGCUCCCCAGCUGCAGUAGCUGUUCGAUGCUAUUCCCAUGCAAAACACGAGUCAGAUGAAGAGUUUGAUGCUCGCUGGGUGACUUACUUCAAUAAACCAGACAUUGAUGCCUGGGAACUGAGAAAAGGCAUGAACACCCUGAUCGGUUAUGAUCUGGUUCCAGAACCAAAAAUUAUUGAUGCUGCCUUGAGGGCGUGCAGACGGUUAAAUGACUUUGCAAGCGCUGUCCGUAUUUUAGAAGCUGUAAAGGAUAAGGCUGGACCACAUAAGGAAAUCUAUCCCUAUGUUAUUCAAGAGCUUAGACCAACUUUAGAUGAACUUGGUAUCUCCACUCCUGAAGAACUGGGCUUAGAUAAAGCAUGAGCUUUUUAGGUGAUCCAUCCAAAUGUUUUAUCAACAAAGCUGCUUGAUUGUACACAGCCAUCCAGAAAUGCAAAGACAUUAAUGUAUUACUUUAUUUUAAA